AUGAGUCUAGAACAAAGAAACCAGAAGGUGGCUGAGCAUUUUGAAAAAUAUAACAUCGGAGAAUGGGGAAGCGCAACUUUAAGAUCGUGCGCCCAAGUAGCGACAAAUGUAGUGGAACAAAAACACCAAGUGUCAAGGAUAAAGAGGAGUAAGGCGCUGGGCAGCAAAGCAUUCAGAGGCAGCACAGUAUGGUUCACUGGACUCAGUGGAGCCGGAAAGACAAGUAUUGCCUUCGCAUUGGAGGCGUACCUUGUUUCUAAAGGAAUCCCAGCUUACGGUCUUGAUGGUGACAAUGUGCGUACAGGCCUCAACAAGAACUUGGGUUUCAGCAAAGAAGACAGAGAAGAGAAUAUUAGACGUGUUUCCGAAGUCGCCAAGUUAUUUGCGGACAGUGGAGUUGUUUGCCUGUGCAGUUUCGUAUCACCAUUCGCUGAGGACAGAGAAAUAGCACGUCGUGUCCACACGGAUUCCGGUCUGCCAUUCUUCGAAGUUUUCAUUGACACACCGUUGGAAGUGUGCGAGCAACGUGAUGUUAAGGGCCUGUACAAAAAGGCCCGAGACGGACAGAUUAAGGGCUUCACUGGAAUAACACAAGAGUAUGAAAGACCCGACCAGCCCGAACUAGUUAUUGAGACAGUGGGUCGCUCCAUUGAAGAGUCCACUAUGGAAGUCAUAAAGCUUUUGGAAUCACAGGGUAUAAUACCACACUACGAAAGUGUGUCCGGGGCAAACGAAUUGUUCAUUUAUGGGAACCGGCUAAGCAGUGCCAUCGAAGAGGCCGCGAGACUUCCCCAAAUAAACAUCUCAAUGUUGGACCUGCAGUGGGUACAGGUUUUAUCUGAAGGCUGGGCAUAUCCGUUAAAAGGAUUCAUGAGGGAGACAGAAUAUUUACAAGCCCUCCACUCAAAUUGCCUUACCCUAUCUGACGGUACAAUCGUAAAUCAAUCGGUGCCAGUGGUGUUGCCAAUUACAACAGAAGACAAAGAGCGUCUGACCGGCUCUUCGGCAAUUUCCCUAGUAUACGAUGGCAAGACUGUUGCCAUUAUUCGGGAGCCUGAAUUCUACCCGCACAGGCAAAAGGAGAGAUGCUCUCGGCAAUUUGGAAUAUAUCACACUGGUCACCCGUAUAUUCAGAUGAUCGCUGAAUCUGGAGAUUGGCUUGUUGGUGGUAAUUUGGAGGUGUUUGGGCGUGUCCGUUGGAAUGACGGACUGGACGCAUUCCGCCUAACACCUAACGAACUGAAGGAGAAGUUCAAGGAACUCGGUGCUGAUGCUGUAUUCGCGUUCCAGCUCCGCAAUCCAAUCCACAAUGGCCACGCCCUCUUGAUGCAAGACACUCAGCGUCAGCUCAUCGAGAGAGGAUUCAAGAAGCCAGUUCUGUUACUGCAUCCGUUGGGUGGUUGGACUAAAGACGAUGAUGUCCCACUAGAAGUGCGCAUCAACCAGCAUAAGGCUGUAUUGAAUGAGGGUGUGCUGGACCCCAACUCCACCGUUUUGGCGAUUUUCCCAUCACCAAUGAUGUAUGCUGGACCGACUGAGGUACAAUGGCACGCCAAGUGCAGAAUGAACGCGGGGGCGAACCACUACAUAGUGGGGCGUGACCCAGCCGGUCUGCCCCACCCUGAUGGCGGUGGCGAUCUCUACGACGCCAGGCACGGGGGCAUGGUGCUUAAGAUGGCACCUGGACUUAACCAUCUCGAGAUUAUUCCGUUCCGUGUGGCGGCCUACGACGCAUCCGCCGGUAAAAUGGCGUUCUUUGAUCCCACAAGGAAAGAGGACUUCGACUUCAUUUCUGGGACUAGGAUGAGAGGUCUAGCCAGAAGCGGUAAGGAACCACCCAAAGGCUUCAUGGCGCCAUCAGCCUGGAAGAUUCUCUCGGACUAUUACCAGUCAUUAAAAGCGAAAAUGGACACAAACUGA